AUGCUAGGAGUCAUUCAGUUCGUCUCGAUAGCCUGUGGCAUUGUGCUCUCGUUUUUCCCCGACGAAUUUGACAAAGCGGCUGGCCAUUGGCGCCACGUGCCGGACAACGACCUUUACGCAGACAUCACACAUUGGCCCACAGAUAUCUCGCGGGACAUCAUCCCUGUUGGGUGCCAUUCACACAAUGAUUACUGGCGACGGGUACCCUUGUACUCGGCCUUGCAGGCGGGUUGCAUUGGUGUCGAGGCCGAUGUGUGGCUGAUUGACAAUGAGCUCUACGUCGGCCAUACCUCCACAUCCCUCACGACGAAGCGCACCCUCAAGAACAUGUACAUCGACCCAUUGAUCAAGAUCAUUGAACGGCAGAAUCCCAUCACCCAGCUCCACGCAGCUGUCGAUCAACCUCUACAUGGUGUCUUCGACACCGACCCUUCUCAAACCCUCAUUCUCCUCAUUGACUUCAAAACCGACGGAGAAAAGACAUGGCAGCGUGUAAUGGAGGAUUUGUCGCCUCUGCGUGAGCGCGGUUACCUCACCUACUUUAAUGGCACCGGCUUGACCAACGGCCCAAUCACCGUUGUCGGAACGGGAAAUACCCCCUUCAAUAUGAUCACGUCGAACUCAACCUAUCGCGACAUCUUCUUCGACGCCCCGCUAAACCUCCUGGCGGAGCACGAGGCCAUCACUCCUCCUGCAGAUGCUGACGCCGCCGACGCUCACUUCGCGCAUGACUCCGCGGCCACCGCCCAGCAACCUACCGGAAACGCCGGCCAAGGCCUGUCAGGUAUCUCCGCCGGCGACAUUGGCCCCGACACCUUCAACUGGACCAACAGCUUCUACGCCUCUGUCUCCUUCAAGAAGUCCAUCGGCUAUCCUUGGAGAUUCCACCUGACAAACAAGCAGAUGGAUCUCAUCCGGGCGCAGAUCCAGGGCGCUCAUCGCCGAGGACUCAAGGUGCGUUAUUGGGGGUUGCCUAGCUGGCCGCGGAGUCUGAGGAAUCACAUCUGGAGCGUUCUGGCGCGUGAGGGCGUCGAUAUUCUGAACGUGGAUGACUUGCAGAGUGCCACGAAGCAAGAAUGGAAGGUCAGGAUUUUUGAUUGGUAG